AUGGCCCCUAUCUCAUCCGUCCCCCAAGAGGUGACGGAGCUGUUACUUCCUCGAGAUGGCGAACCGAAGACGUUUGGAAACUGGCGCGAUCAGACAGACCCUCAAGUAUUCAUUGUGGAGGGAUGGAGCGAAGGCCUUAUUGUUGGAGCAUUGCUUAUAAUGGCAAUCAUCACGGUUGCCAACAUGCGCAAGGGAGUUCUGUUGCACAAACUCAUCCUGUUGGAGCUUCUCCUCGCCACGAGUCACGGAACGUUCUGCUUCAUGUCGUUCGAUGGAUAUGGCUGGUAUCUAUCCACGACCGCAGCAAUGCUCUACACCUCGUACUUCCUCCACAACGUCAUCGCUUGGAUGAAAAUUCGACCGUUCUUCACCGCCCCACAUGCGUCCUUCUCUCCAAACGUUUCAAGGACAGUUCGCUGGACGUACCUGGUCUCCUUGUCUAUUACUGCUCCGAUCGUGGUCUUUCAGAUUGCGAACAAUUUCCGUUUCUUUAACAAUAUCUCCACCCUUUACUCACUAGUUCGACCGUAUGAGACUCUAAUGCGCGACCCCUGGUGGGUCUUCAGUUGUAUGACUCUGUUCCAUGUUAUUCGAAAAUGUUACUCGAUGAAUAUUUUCCUUCUGGUUCAGAAGACGCCUCGGUUCGGAAUUCUUCUCGCAUCCAUCAUCAUCUCCUUGAUCUUCACGCUCAUGGACAUCAUAUCUUCAACCACGUCGCUUUCUUCGACGGACGGCAUCAAUCCAUACUGGAAGUUAUCUCUCGUCUUCAAGUGUCUCACAGACAACAUCAUGCUAGACGAUUUCAAGUCCGUCCUUCAGCGCCUC